AUGUCUCAAGAGUCAGAAGCCUCUAAUUCUGAUGAGAAUAAACAUCAGAAGGGAAGGGAGAAGCUUUACAAGAGAAUGGUUCAAUGUUACUGUUGUAAUAUAUUUGACCACUUUGAUAAGGACUGUUGGUCAAACAAGGAAAGGAAGUCAGAAGAAGCAAACAUAGCCAGAGGAGAUUCGGAUGAUGAACCUAUGCUAUUGAUGGCUUAUGAAUCUGAUGAUGAUGAACUUGUGAGAUUGACAUUUUCUGAUUCUGAAGGAGACUUUGAAUAUAAGUCAGAAUCAGAAGAUGAGUCAGAAUAUGAAGGUUCUGAAGAUGAGUCAAAAUCUGAAGGUUCUAAAGAUGAGUCAAAAUCUGAAGGUUCUGAAGAAGAGUCAGAAUUUGAGGGUUCUGAAGCUGAAAUUGAGUCAGAAGGUGACUCUGAAGCUAAAGGAGAAGUUGCCUAUAAAGAGGAUUCUGCCUCUAAAGGUGAGUCGGAAUUAGAAAAUAAGUCUGAAGGUGACUCUGAAGAUGAAGAAGACUCUAAAGGAGAGUCUGACUCUGAAGGUGAAUCUGAUUCUGAUCCAGAUUAUAAUGAUGAUCCAGAAUCUGGAGAUGAGUCAGAGCCUGGAAAUGAUUCUUCGAGUGAGUCAGAAUCAGAAGGCGAGAUUGAUUCUAAGGAAGAAUCUGAUUCUAGUCUAGAUUCUAAUAGUGAUUUAGAUUGUGGUGGUAGUCUAGAUUAUGAGAAUAUUCUAGAUUUUGAAGGUGGUCAUGCUUCUGAAGUUGGUACUUUUGGAGUUCCAGCAUCUGAUAAUGUUCCAGAAUCAGAAGGUUCUAAACAAGUUUAG